AGAAAUCAAAAAGUUUAGUGGUGAUUGGCAAUAAACUCAAUUGUUGUGAAGAGGAAGUUAGAAUACUACAAAAAGAAUUGGAGGAUAAAACAAAAAAAUUAGACUUAGACAGCCAAAAAAUUAGAGAACAGGGAGAAAAGAUUGAAAGAUUAGAAAGUAAACUUUAUUAUUCUCUUGAAAAAGAUUUACCUA